AUAAUAAUAGUUUUUGUAGGGUCGGGGUUCAUUCUUGGAGGAGGAAUAAGAGUGUUUAGAUUAGGACUUAUUUUGUUUAUGGGGUUUAUUAGAUUUAGAAAUUACCUCAGUGUGGCUUUUGUUAGCGGGGGAGUAUAUAUAGAUCAAAUUAGGUAUAUUAUAGUACUCAUAACGGUAAUGGUUUCUAUAGCAAGUUUAGUAUCUAGGUGUAAAAAUUUAUUUCUGUGGGAAAAAGGAGAAAAAAGGGGAGAGAAAUAUAAGAACGGGUUUGAAACGGCAGUAGUUGGAGUGGCAGUUAGGUCAAGCGUAAUAUUCCUAGUGAGUAAUGUAUUUUUCUUUUUUUUUUUUUUUGAGUUCAGGCUGUUACCAACUUUAUGAUUAAUUUUAAGGUGGGGGUUUAACCCUGAGCGUUUACAAGCGGGAGUUGCAAUAAUAUUAUAUACGGUGUGUGCUUCAGUCCCUAUACUAGUAUUGCUCGGGCACUUUUAUACUUGGUGUUAUUCAGCGGAAUACUUGGUUAUUAAGUUUAGCACAUUUGAUGGUUUUUCUUGAUUCGGUGAGUUCCAAUGGGUGGCUUGGUUAUGAAUAAUAUUAGGAUUUUUAGUUAAGCUGCCAGUUUUCUUUUUUCACACAUGGUUACCUAAGGCUCAUGUAGAAGCUCCUUUAGCAGGUUCAAUGUUAUUGGCUGGGGUUCUCUUGAAACUUAGAAUCUUUGGAAUAAUACGGUUAAGAGAUGUUUUCAGUAUAAAAAGAAUUAGAGUUUUGAGUGAGUUUCUUUUAGUUUUCAGGGCGUGAGGAGGUGUGUUAACCAGAUGUUAUUGUUUGUGUCAGAGCGACAUCAAAGCAUUAAUUGCUUACUCUUCAAUUGGACAUAUAUCAGUGUGUUUGAUGGGGGUAGUGUCUUUAUACCCUUUAGGGUGAAGAGGAGCUCUGUGUUUAGGGUUUGCUCAUGGUCUGUGCUCCCCUCUAUUAUUUAGGAUGGCUGGAAGUCUUUAUCAGUGGUGUCGUAGACAAAGUAUGUUGCUAAGAAAGGGGCUCUUACUAAGUUACCCUUCUUUUGCGUUAUGAUGAUGUUUAAGGUGUGUUUUGAAUAGGGGUUUACCCCCAUCCUUAAAUUUUAUCGGGGAGGUUUUGUCUAUUAGUUCGGGAGCUUGAACCUCUCUAUUUUUGGUUCUACCUGGGGGAAUAAUAUGUUUUUUAAGUGGAGCUUGUUGUUUUUACCUAUACGGGAGAGUGUGUCACGGAAGAGCGUCAAGAAUGAGAACGAAUGUCAGGAACAUAAGAGAGCGUUAUUUAAGGACUGGGGUGUUCUUAAGGGUCUUUACAUUCGCGGGAAUUUUAGGGUCAGACUUCUUUUUACUUUAA